AUGUCGGGGGUGGAGGUGAUCGCAGUCGUAGCUUGUGUGGCAGCCAUCGUCUCCGCCUACAAUGACGGAGCACGUAUGUAUACUGCCAUUAGAAAGAAACACCACGAGCGCCAGGCCACCCGGGAACUAGAACGGUCGCUCGCACUGGGCCGUACUGAGAUUCAACGCCGGUUUGAUCAGCACCACCAAGAGCUUGGCCGACGAUACGAGGAAGGUGACGCGAUCGCUCGUGAGCAGAUGAAAGAUAUCAUCAUCACACUGCAGGGGGCGUUGCUGAGACAUCUCCGCGAAGCACAAGAGCGGGGGACCACUUUGGAUCUGAUGGCGUUGCAGAUAGAGUCCGACCAAGGCCGCGUUCGCACUCUCGCCAUUUUGGGAGAUCUGUAUCAGCGUCUCUCGAGGCCGUCUCAUGUUCCACCGUCCUUUUCGAUGUUCAUCGAUCCAAACUAUCACGGCAGGAGUCUGCAUAGCCGUGGAUAUCCCUCUAAUAGUCUGGACGGAUAUUUGCAAUCCCACGCGUCGGAGAUGCCGUACUUCUCUGGCGGAUACCCAGUCUCAUCAGGCAGUUACUCAACAGGCCGGGUCCUAACGGACGCCACCUGCGUCUCACCGACGGAAAUACCGGGGUCAUCGAGAGAGUAUCCAGCUACGAAUCCACGACCGAGCAGAAGAUCCUCGUGGUUUGUGAGUAGUAUGGGCGAGCUGUUCCAUUCCCGCCCAGCUCGCUCGAGUAUGCCAUCGUUCGCAUCGUCAGCGCCCGAGCCCGGGUACAUCCCACCGCCUAGGGUAUACAGUCCAGUGUCGUCGACAUCAGACCCGAUUCCGGAACUCGAUGUCAGACCAGCCACGCCGCAUAGACGCACGUUGCAAUUAAACUCAAUACCCCACGACGUCGUUUCGGGGAACCCGUGGAAGGACUCCGAUUCCGAUUCCGAGGACGCCCUCAGCCAUGCACAGAUCAAAGAAGAAGAAAGAUCAUACCUCUCACCCACGUCCCCAUCAAAGGAACCCCGCCAAGGUUCCUUCUCCGCAGCCUCAACCGCCUCCACGGACUCAACCCCAUCAAACCCCUCCACUCAAAGCAGCACCGACCGAUCCGCCGAAGCAACCCGACCUCGUUGGCCACCCAGCAAAUCGAACAACUAUCUGGGCUUCUGCAAAGGUGCUUGGAAAGUACACACUGGAUUCCGGGGAUUCAGAAUCUACACCGAGCCCGGAACAGGCUAUUACACGCAACAGUCGUGGCUGCGGUGUGCUCAUUGCGCGUUUGAAGCACCCAUGGUCCCUAAUAGCUCUAGCCGCAAUCCGCAGUUCGAGGGAAGGGUCCGCACGCAUCAAGCUAGCGGUGUCCGGUAUCGAUUUGGGUUCUUAGCUAAAUCACACGUGCACUGUAAGCGGGACGCAGCGUCGCAUUUUGCUCCUAAUACUCCCCGCGGGGCGUUUUGCUGUGUGUUUUGCUGUGCAACGGCACAUGGGUCAACACAGGUUUAUGGGAAUCUAGAUACCUUUAUGGCACAUCUUGCGGAACAACAUUGGACUAUUGAGAGAGGGACGUUAGCAGUUUUACCUAGUAUACGGCGUGUGGUUGGUCGGCUGGCGCCUGAUUCGGAGGAGUUUGAUGUGAAUAUUUUGCCGAUGCGUUGA